AUGCCGAAAACCGGCCCAUAUUUCCUGAAGGGCGACCGUGCUUACGUCACCGAGUACGACGUGCCGAGCCCUGAUGAUCAGGAUCUUCCCGAGCCAAUAAGUAAGAUGGGCGAAUCCAAGUCCGCCCAGGGUGGAGCUAGAGUUACGUCCGCCGUUCCGAUCCUGGAGGCCACAGUGGGAAAGAAAGCGAAGGUCAUUGAGUACUUUUCCCAAGAUGUACUCGUACAGCACUCGCUCGACGAGGCGAUGGCCACAGUAACGCGAUCGAUUUUAACGGAUAAGAACGAACACUUACAGGGCACGCCCUCGUAUGUCCCGAAAUACAAGGUCUCUGAGGCCGGCGGAAUGCUCGCGCGAGUGCCUGUCUAUGGCACGAUAGAUGCGGGCUUCCGUGUAGAUCUGAUCUUCUCAGCAUUGUAUUACGCUCUCAACGAGGACGGAACGGCCAGGAUCCACAAGGUCCUCGACACGUUCAUCAUUGGCAAGAUUGAGAGCGGCGCAUUCCGUUUCUGCGGAAGGGAGUACCUCCAAUCAGAGGACGGCGGUAUCCACGUGAAUGUAAGGGAUAACACCAAGACCGUGAAACCUAUCACCAUCCCACAGGGAGCCAAGCAUUCCACUCCGGUUACACCGCAACAGCGAACGGCUCUCCGCUCCGUCGUUGGCUCUUUAGCGUGGAUUUCGCGAGCCGCCAGACCGGAUAUAGCGUACAGAGUGAACGCGCUACAGACAGCAGUCUCCAAGCCCACCGUAGCUACCCUCGUUGAUGCAAACAAGGUCUUAGUCUUGGAACUUGCCCUCAAGGACAUCACGUAUAAAGCCAACGCGCUCGAGUGGAAGAACCUCGCCCUAGUUACCUUCUCAGAUGCUAGCGCGGUGGAAACUGGAGAUCGCAUCAGAGCUGCAGUGCUAGAACUCCAGGGUCGCCUCCCGUCGCUACGACACUGGGACGACCUCAGUCGGAGAUUGAUGCUGCAUUUAUGGAUGUCAGACUGCAGAUCUCUGACAGAUCAUCUUUUGUCGCCCGUGACAAGAAAAGUCGCCGACAAACGCCUAGCCAUCGAGCUAGAGGCUCUUCGCCAGUCUUUACGGGAAGAGGACACGCUCACUCAUGAGCUAUACCACCCCUAUGGUGACAGACUCUCCUGGGUUCCUACGCACCUCCAGCUCGCCGACUACCUCACCAAGAGCAUGAAGCCCACGCUGGCCAAUAGGGCUGUCGACGAAAAUAGGGCCACGGUGAGGGAGGCCGGUCCAGGUGAAACUCCGCAAAAUCCUCUCGAGGAGAUCCAGGAUGAAGCCUGA